GUCGGUAGUCGCAGAUUUGUUUUGAGUUGUUUUCCUCAGAGAACAACGUCGUUCAUUCUGGCCUUAUAAUGCGAAGAAGUCUACUGCGGUGAAUUCCAUAGCUUUAUCAUCCAAAGAUCGUCAUGUAUGCUUACUUGAACGAGACCGACGACUCUACAACAGUGAACUUCAGCUCCUAUGGAAGUUUUCUACCUGGUAAAGGAAGUCAGCUCCUCAUAGUUGGCGCUAAGCAUCUCCGAUUGUUUCGCACCAAUCCUUACACUUUGAUUCCUCCAAAAGACGCGUCGGACGAAUGGAAACAGAAAACCAAACUGGAAUGCGUGUUCAGUUGUCGCUUCAUGUCACCAAUUCAAUCAUUUGCAAAGGCUAAACUUCCAGGUUACCCCAAUAGUGAGGCCUUGCUGCUUGCUUUCGAAGGCUGUAACGUCUCUGUCGUCGCCAUCGAUCCUGAAGAUCGAGCUCUUAGCACUAUCUCCUUGCACAGCUUUUCUUCGGAGUUCAAACGCGAUGGAUUUACAUUUCAUUGCCACGAGCCUAUAGUUAGGACCGAUCCCGCAAACAGAUGUGGUGCUUUUGAAAUCAUCAACAGUGCUGCUGUAAUUUAUGACAGGAUUCUGGGUAUUCUUCCAUUUGAUGGCGACUUCAUCAAUAGUUUCUCAAUUCCUUUAUCCGAAAUUGAUCAUAGACUUGAGAACAUUGUUGACAUGGUUUUUCUGGAUGGAUAUUAUGAACCUACCUUACUAUUCCUGUACGAACCGCAUCAGACAACGGCGGGAAGGGCUUCGGUGCGAUACGAUACCAUGCACUUACUGGGAGUUUCCGUAAAUGUAUUCGAUGAGCAGGUUGCCAUUGUGUGGCAGGUGGGAAGUUUACCCAUGGAUUGUAACAGGCUUGUGGCUAUACCAAAACCACUGGGUGGAGUUCUGGUGAUUGGAUCAAAUGAAGAUUUGAAACAUAUGUCUAUGACUCUGGUUGCUGGUGCGGCAGAAUGGAUUGGUAGUAAUCAUGUUGCAUUGGGUACAAUGGAUGGCAGAUUGUUCAUUCUUACUCUUCUCACAGAUUCUUCAGAAACUGUAAGAUCUCUUGAUAUAGAGCACGUUUUCGAUACGUCCAUUGCUUAUUGCAUGAAUUUAUGUUCUCCUGGCCGCCUCUUCAUCGGUUCUCGACUUGGUGAUUCUCAGCUUUUAGAAUUUAUCGUGGAAAAGGAGGAAAUAAAAGAGGAAUCCUCUCCGGAACCGAGGAAAGCCAAAGUCGAGGAAAAGAUGAACGCGGAUGAGGACGAUCUUGAACUUUAUUACGAUACAGAUUAUCGAACAAGUGUCAAGGAGAAGUACAAAGAGAAACUUAUAUUUUCUGAGCUCGAUCGGUUAACUAACAUCGGUCCCAUAAAAGCGAUCACCGCUGGUGGUGCCCAUGGAGUCAGUCCAAUUUUGCUGGAGCAGGAAAGAACAGACCCUAUAUUUGAUAUUAUUGUUGCUUCUGGGCAUACAGUCAAUGGUUCAAUUUGUGUACUGCAAAGGACGGUGCGGCCAGACAUAAUCACCAGCAGUGUCUUACAAGACGCUCAACAGCUUUGGGCAGUAGGAAGAAGAGAGGAUGAUUCUCACAAAUAUCUCAUCGUAUCUCGUACACGAUCUUCUCUGAUUGAGUUAGGGGAAGAUAUGGUUGAAUUGGAAGAACCCCUUUUUUUGUCGGACGAACCUACCGUUGCAGCAGGAGAGCUAGCUGAUGGUGGUCUUGCUGUUCAAGUGACGUCACUGCGUGUAGCUCUUGUAGCAGAAGAAAAACAACUCCAACAGAUUGAUUUGGAUUCUAACUUCCCUGUUGUUGCCGCAUCAAUAGUUGAUCCUUACGUGGCUUUACUGACUCAAAACGGGCGCUUAAUGUUGUUCCAUCUUGUUUUGAACCCUACUGUGCACCUACAGGAAAUUGACAUAUCCAACACCGCGUUUGCCGAAAGAACCGUUCAUCACCGAGCUCCCUUGACAGCACUGUCUAUUUAUCGCGAUGUGAGUGGACUUAUGGUUUGCUCUCAAGAUGAUGCAAGCAUAGCUGAAGGAAGAAAAGCUAGCAGGUUAAGGAAGGCGGCUGCACGCCGAACUCUUGUAGACUCCAUCGACAUCGACCUCUAUGGCGAUGAGGGAUUACCCACUAGUAAUGCCGUCGUUGAUGAGGACGAGCUAUUGUAUGGAAAACCGGCAGGAAAUAAAAGAGAUGAGAACGUUCGAAAAAGGAAGAGGAUUGCUGACAUAAGUAGUGUCGCGACUGGAUGCGAGGAGUCGGAUGCCAUUGAUCCGAAUACUGUGGAGCCUACGUAUUGGCUUGUACUGGCUCGCGACAGCGGCAAGGUCGUAAUCCAUUCUCUACCGGAUAUGAAGAUAGUUUAUCAGUUCUUGAAAUUUGGAUUGAUGCCUGAAAUAGUGACCGAUCUCAUGCCUGAGGAGGAAGAGAAGGACAAGAAAGAACAAGAAGCCCGCGCAGAGCAGUUUGAGAACUCUUCCAUACAAUUUCGGCCCAAUGAAAGGGUCGUCGAAUUGCAGAUUGUUGGUUUGGGCAUCAACCAGGGUCAUCCCACUUUAAUGGCUGUAGUUGACGACCAAGUCAUCACUUACGAAACGUACAAGUGGAGGAAUCCCCUGCGAGAACAUCUUGCCAUCGGCUUCCGACGGCUGUCAGUGACCGUGACGAUCAGAUCAACUCCGUUCAUGGGUCACGAUGGACGGAGAGCGGAAGUGGAAGUAGGAAGAGAAAUUGAGCAACAUCGGGUGAUCAUUCAUCCUUUCGAACGUGUCUGUGGCAUCAUGAAUGGUGUAAUGCUCUUGGGUGCAUAUCCUUGUCUGGUUUUGAUCGGAGCAUGGGGUGGUCUUCAGUGUCAUCCCUUGACCAUUGACGGUCCUAUAUCUGCUUUCACCCCAUUCAACAACCAGAAUGUACCGAAUGGCUUUCUGUACAUCGUUAAGAAUUCACAGGAACUGCGGAUUGCCAAGUUGCAGAACGAUUUUGACUACGAACUGUCUUUUCCUUGUCGAAAAGUCCAUGUCGGCGCUACAGUACACCACGUGCGAUACGUGAUGAAUAGUCAAGUCUACGCUAUAACGACAUCCGUCCCCAUGAAAAGCAAUAAAAUCUGGGUAGUGGUAAAUGACGACAAGCAGGUGGAAACGCUGAAAAGAACAAAAAUUUUGUCCUUCCACUGGAAACCAGUCCCAAAUACGGAUAUCAAAUUUGAAGAGAUGAAGGUUGUAACAGCAUGCGAAGAAGUGACAUUACGCUCUGAAUCUACAAUAAGUGGUAUGCAAGCGUAUCUAGCUGUGGGGACAAUCAACAAUUAUGGGGAAGAGGUGCUUGUAAGAGGUCGCAUAAUUCUUGCUGAGAUAAUCGACGUAGUUCCGGAGCCUGGAAAACCCACUUCAAAGCACAAAAUAAAAAUCUUAUAUGACAAGGAACAGAAAGGGCCGGUUACUGCUUUGGCAUCUAUCAAUGGACUGUUGCUCAGUGGCAUGGCACAAAAGAUAUUCAUCUGGGGUUUUCGUGACAAUGAUUUGCAAGGUAUUUCCUUUCUGGAUAUGCAUUACUAUGUGCAUUCUUUGAUCUCUAUGCGUAAUCUUGCGAUCGCAUGCGACAUGCACGACUCAAUGUCGUUGAUUCGCUUUCAGGAGCAGUUCAAAGCCCUUUCUGUUGCAUCUCGGGACGAUCGUGUGGAUGUCCCAUUUUCCAUGGCUGCACAAUUUUUAGUGGAUAACAAUCAUUUGGCUUUCUUGAUGUCUGAUGAAGCUGGCAAUAUUUGCUUGUUUAACUACAUGCCCGAGACACAAGAAUCCAACGGAGGUGAACGCCUAGUACUGAGGGGUGUCCUCAACAUAGGCACAAAUGUGAAUGCCUGGCUUCGGGUGAAAGGACACACUUCUUUGUUUGCGGUAUCACCACUUGACGUCAAAAGCAUCACGCAACAACAAACGAGUGUAUGGGCCUCUCUUGAUGGCUCUCUUGGCAUUGUGCGCCCGGUUUCAGAAAGGCAGUUUAGGCGGCUACACUUCUUGCAUCAGUGUAUGUCCAAUUCUGUAGGACAACUUGCUGGACUGAAUCCGAAGGGUGCUCGUGGAGGGAAGCCGAUUCAUCCACUUGUAAACGCUACCAACACCAAAAAUAUGGUUGAUGGGGAAUUGGUUGAACAGUUCAUGCAUCUUUCUGCAUCAAGGAAACAGGACUUGGCGCGAAGUCUUGGAGCAAGCAGAUACCACAUAAUGGACGAUCUUGUGCAAAUCCAACGGCUCUCUACAUUUUAUUAGUUCAAUGCGAGUGAAUUCUUUGCUAGAAGGCCCAUCAUGCCUAAGCAUUUAUGGAAAACUAUGGGAUGUCCUGGAAGUAUUGGGAUGCAUGCUCUAAAUUGUUCGCGUUAGAAUUGAUUUCUUGCUAAGCAAGAGUUGAAAUCUUCUAUCUGGGAGGACACAAUUGUCCCAGUUUCUCCUAUACUUCAAUUUACUGUUGUUUUCUAGCGCUGAAAAUUCUGAGAUGACGCUCUCCAUUGUAGUCCUAUUGCGCAUCUUGCAACUGUGAUCUCUUUGUUAUACCAAGUUGUUAUCGUUGAGAGUAAAUCUUCAUAG